AUGUCACACACGGGAAUUCUACCUUUGAGACGACGUAAAAGAUCUCUCAAUUCUUGUUGUUGUGAAGAAAACCCCUUUUCAUGUCAAUUUGAACAUGUAUUUUCCUUUGGAGGAGAAAAUUCCUUUCAUUCACCCUAUGAUGUGAAAAUUUCAUACUCUCUUGAAUGUAUCUUGAUUAGUGAUUAUCUUCAUCGAUCGAUUCAUGUCUUUGAUUUGCAUUCGAAGGAAUAUGUUUCGAGUUUGUUCAUGCAAAACCAUAAUCCCAAAUUUUUAUGUAUUGCAGAGUCGUAUAAGAGUGCCUUCUCGAGGUAUGAAAAAAAUCAUCCAAGUUUGGAAGAUGCUUUAAUUUUGGAUGUUGGAAAAGGAAGAAUUCGAAUGUUUGAUUUGAGACGAUUAAUGACAUUUCAUUCCAAGCAAUUUCCAAAUCUCUUGAGGAGGUCGAACGAAACAAAUCAUCCAAUCAUUCAAAUCCAUCCUUAUUGUGCGAGAAAUCCAUCUUUUGAAUCGAUUUCACCUCAUGAUGCGUUGGAUGCUAAUGAGAAUGCAUGUUCACACUAUAUAUGGCAAUCGAAUGAUUUCAAGUUUCCAAGAGGAAUGGCAGUCUUGACAGAGACUUGUCAAGUAUUUGUGUGUGACAUGUUUGAUGAUUGCAUCAAGGUGUUGGAUUUGAAGAAUGGAGUCCAAUUGUCUCGAAUUGAAAUAUUGAGACCUCAUGACGUUGAUGUCUUUAUAUCGAAAAAGUUCAAAAAAAACAACCACGGUUGUCAAAAUAAUAAGGGAACAAGUGUGACAAUCACAACGACACUUGUGAUUAGUAGUGAUCAUGAUGGAAUUCAAGUAUUGUCACAGGAGAAACUUGAGAAUGAAAAGAUGAUCAUUAACAAUGAGGCAUGUCAAUGUGGGCAAACAGUUCACUCAUCGUCGACCACAACAUUGAUGGAAUCAGAAUGGACAAAUGCCAAGAUCAAGUUUGAAGACGAGCGAUUGCCGGACGAUGAUUGGGAUCCCGUUCAUCCUUUCUCGUUGGUUGUGGAUAUGAAAUGCAGCAAUCUAUUUGGACUCUCGCAGCAACAACAACAUGUAAUUGUGAGUGACAGCUAUCAUCAUCGUAUUAAGGUUUACUCGCUCCAUAAUGGAAAACUGGUCAAAACAUUUGGUAAAUACGGAGAUGCAAUUUCCAAUGAAUUCAAAUGCACGUUUGGAUUGUGCAUGAAUGAAAUAAGUGGAGAAUUGCUGGUUUGUGACUCGUGGAAUAAUCGUGUUGGUGUAUACAAGUAG